AUGAGUGGACAACGCGACGUCCUCGACCCGCGCCUCGGCGGCGCCACGAACGCGACAGGCACGACUCAACGGCACACUGAUGUCCCUCCACGCGCACCGCCACCAUCUACGUAUUCUGGGCUGAAGAGCGACGCUGCAGCAUCGUACCAGCCGUCACAGCCUUACUAUCAUUACCCAUCCCCGCAAACACACACCCCUCAGCAAUUAGGAGUGCACAGCGGAUCGCACAGCACGCAAGAGAGCCCCGCAACCUCCUACGCCGCAAGAGAUGAGAAUGCAGCGAGUCCCGAUAUCGCAGGAGCAGGCGAUGACGACGACGGAGAUAACGCGGAGGAUGCAAAGAGACCGCGCGCCUGCGAGGCGUGCCGGGGGUUGAAGGUGCGGUGUGAUCAGGACCCUGCACGCCCGGAUAUCCCGUGUAAGAGGUGUGCGAAGGCGGGGAGGCAGUGUAUUGUUACGCAGCCUACGCGCAGGAGGCAGAAGAAGGCGGAUAGUCGGGUGGCGGAGCUGGAGAGGAAGCUUGAUGCGCUUACUGCUGCAUUGCAACAGCAGCACCAGACUGGGCCGGGGCAGCAUCACAGAGCUGACGAGGGAAGUGCUGUGUUGCAGCCUUUGCAUCCUACAGCAGCCUACGACCCCAUGUCUGCAUCGUCUGAUGGUGCAUUGCCACCAGGUAAGCGGAGACGAACGGACGAUACAAUCAACUCUGGUCGACCUUUGGACACGGCAGACAAUGCAGGCCGGCGUUUUGAAAACGACGCUCCUAUACAGCAGUACUACCCGGCUUCAUCACCACAAGAAUUCACCGCGCGUAUCAACGCACUCGUGAAACCCGAACUCGCCGCAAAGCUGUUCACGCGAUAUACGACCAAACUCGCUCGUCACCUCCCAGCCGUCAUCUUCCCACCGCAUACCACUCACGAGAUGCUUUUCAAGGACAAACCCAUCCUCUUCGUUUGCAUCCUGUCCGCCGCCUCGUAUGGCCAAGUGGAGCCUGAGCUCUCCCGGUCCAUCGCCAAAGAGGCCGUUGGAGCGAUCGCAGACUGUGUCGUGCGCCACGGCGCGAAGUCGCUGGAGCUUAUCCAAGCCAUGCAGGUCCUCGCAAUGUGGUACAAACCGCCCGAGCGGGCGGACCAGUCGAAUUUCUAUCAACUGAUCCAUAUGGCGGCCGUCAUGGCGCUUGAUAUUGGGCUGGGCAAGCGCUUCAACCCAGCCAAGGCGAGGCGAGGGUUUGGUGGGCCCAAUGCCAAUUACGCUCCUGGUCCGCAUCACAUACUUCCGCAGGACUCGGAUACUCUAGAAGCUCGGCGGGCGUGGCUGGGUUGCUACUUUACAUGCGCGAGUGCAUCGAUGGUCUUGCGGCGUCCGAACCUGGUUCGCUGGACAAACUAUAUGAAGGAGUGCAUCGAGGUGCUGGAAUCUCGUCCAGACGCCGCUGACACGGACAAGCUGUUCUGCCAAUUUAUCAAGAUUCAGAACAUCUGUGAGGACAUCGGGCAUCAGUUCGUCAUGGACGAUAACACCGCCAACCACAUCAGUCUCACCGAUCCCAAAGUGACGUACACGUUGAAGAUCCUCGAGAACAAGCUCACGGCGUGGAAAGAGCAGCUGCCGGCAGAAUGUCAAACGCCCGGCUUGAAGAUGUACGAGCACGUCACCUCGCUUUACCUGCACGAAAUCGCUCUACACCUCAACCACAACGUCGAGGACUUCCGCCUACCUUUCACCGAGGAGUCAUUGAAGUCGGUCAACAGCUCAUCCGACACCCUCACCCCAAGCCAAAUGUCCGCCCUAGAGGCCUGCCUGAAAAGCGCGCACGGCAUCCUCGACACAAUGCUGUCGAUCGAAGUGGUCACCAUCAAAGAAAUGCCGACGCUCAUCUACUUCAUCCGCUGCACGUACGCCAUCGUCAUCCUAAUCAAAAUGCACGUUGCAGUGUGCACGCCCAACAGCGAGCUGGGCAAGAUGAUGGCGCCCGCGGAUCUCAAAGUCGACUUCUACAUCGAUAGCUUGCUGGCGCUUUUCGACUUCAUGGCCACGGACGAGCUGUUCCGCCCGCACUCCAAGGUGCUGCGCAUUUUGAACCUCUUGCGAGGUUGGUUUGGCAAGCACAAGGCGAACGUUGCGGCGCAGCAGCGGGGCGAGCAGCCGCAGCAGCACCAGCAGCAGACGCCCGCCGAAGACCAUCAGCCACAGACCCCACUGCAUCUGCUGAGCGAAGUGGCUAUCGGCGAGCAACAGCAGCAACAGCAGCAGCCGGCACAAGCCAACGGCGGCGCAGCGGGAUCCAAACUCGACCAGCAAUCGCAAGACUGGACCUUCACCUCUCCUUACGUCUUCGACACGAACCCCAAGGGCCGCGGCAACAACUCUACCGACGUUCUGUUCCCCGUCAAUCAACAACAGCAGCAGCAGCAAGUCUACCCAACCGAUUCCUCGUAUCCCAUGGUGCCUUCCGGCGACGCACAGGGCGCGAUGGACCUCUCGAAUCUGGAUUACGGGUGGGGCACGAACUUUGAGCAGGCGAUGGAUAUGGCGUUGGGGGGCAUGGAUGGAUUGCAAGCGGGCGGGUUGGACGAGUGGUUUUUGGGCGACUCAAUGGCGCCUUUCACGUUUACUGGCGAUAACAUGGUUGUUGGGGGAAAUGGGCAGUGGCAGGCUGAGGGAUCGUGA